AUGGUGACUACAAGACGUUCUAAUCCGGCGCAGAAGAAUGUAGAGGACUUGUUGGCUCAGAAUGCCUUGCUGAUAGCUGCUCAUACUCCACCACCAUUGAAUCACGAUGCGGUUGAAGGAACGAAUCCUAAUGGAAACCCGGAAGAGUCAGGGGAGAGAGUCGAGCCACGGAUCGAGGACCGUGUGGAGCCUAUUAAUCUGGUUCCACCUCCACAAAUAGACUCCGAAAGAAGGCUGCAACAGAUGGUCCUGGACUUGGGCACAAAGUAUGAUGCACUAUCACGAACUAUGGAUCAUAAGCGAGACGGGAAGAGUAGUGAAGACCCGGUGGAGCAUUUGGAUAACUUCCAAUCUCAUGUGUCCUUGCACAAGACACCUGACGUUGUGGCGUGCCGAGCUUUUCCACUCACCUUGUCAGGAAAGGCCCGAGACUGGCUCAGGAACCUUCCCCCAAGGUCGAUUGAUAAUUUCAACACCCUUGGAAGGAAAUUCCUGGCCCAAUUUGUGUCCGGAAGAGCCAGAAGGAAACCCAGAGGGUAUCUACUCUCUGUGCAGCAAGGACCAAACGAGUCUUUAAAGGAUUAUUUGUGGAGAUUCAACCAGGAAAUGAUGGAGACAGAAAGUUCACCAGACGACUUUAUUUAUGGUGCAAUUUUCCAAGGAUUGAAGAAAGACGGACCGUUGAUGGCGGACUUGGCGUUAAAACCCCCAAAGGAUCUUUAUACCUUUAUGGUAAAGAUAGACAGGUACAUUAAUCAGGAGGAAACACUCCGAGCCCUUCUCGGUAAUUCCCAGCAGCAACAACAGCCUUCCACCGAGAAGCUUAAGAAAAAGAAGAAUCCUGAGCCCACACAGGAUGCCGGUCCCGGGGAGUACAAGAAGGCGAAGAAGAAUCUCGGAGAUUACAAGUGGACUCCAUUAAAUGCCUCUCUCACCGAGGUGCUUAUGGAACUCAAAAAAGAUCCGAAUUACCAGAGACCGAGACCCAUUUCAGGAGAUCCGCCUCCACUCCUGGCUCACAAAUACUGUGUCUUCCAUGAUUCAUAUGGCCACCUGAUCGAGCAGUGUGUAUCAUUGAGACAGUUGAUUGAGAAAUUUAUCGAGAAUGGGAAGCUAGUCCGAUUUCUCGUUAAUGAGAGAAACCAACUGGAGCGGGACCAAUAUCCGCGACCUAGAAGAAAAGAAGAUCGGAAUGAAAGGAGAAACUAUAGACCAAGGCAAGAAGAAAGAAGAGGUAGAAGCAGAGAACCAACACCUCGGACUCGAGGAGAAGAAAGAAGAAAAAGGAGUAGGAGUAGAGCUCGGGCAGAGCAGCAAGGCGACCUUCCUAUCAUCCACACCAUCUCGGGAGGAUUUAGAGGAGGAGGCGAGUCCAAUUCAUCUCGGAAGGCAUAUGCCAGGCAGCUGGAUGAUUUUGAAGUAUAUUCGGUCCAAAAGCCCUUAAAGUCUCAGAAAUAUAACCCUCUGAUUAUAGGGUUAUUGGAUGAUGAUUAUGAUGGAGUCUCACUUCCGCACAUAGACGCCCUUGUGGUCACUCUAACAAUAGCAAAUUAUCAGACUCGACGGAUCCUUGUUGACACAGGGAGCUCGGCUGAUAUUCUGUUUAAGUCAGCCUUUGAUCACAUGGGAGUCCCAAGGGAAAAGGUGGUCUGGGUCUCAUGCCAAUUACAGGGUUUCGCUGGAGAAAAGGUGCUGCCUCUCGGUUCUAUCGAUCUCCCUGUGACGGCGGGGACUUAUUCGAGACAAAAGGUCAUCAUGGUGAAAUUCUUGAUAGUUGACAAAGUCUUGGCCUAUAAUGCCAUUAUCGGAAGGACAGCUCUCAAUGACUUAAAAGCUGUGACCUCAACACCGCAUCUCAGUAUGAAGUUCCCGACAGAAGAAGAAGUUGGAGUGGUUAAGGGAGACCAGAAGGAGGCUAGGCGUUGUUACAACUUAUCCCUGAAAGACACCCCGAGGCAGCACAAUCUGGGUGAGAAAGCUAAGGAGGACGAGAAAUAG